CCGUUGACGUAACAUACUGACGUACGGGUUAUGGGUUUCGUACGCUGCUGUUGUGAGGAGGCUAAAAGUUAGCUAACAGGUUCAGUUUGAGUUUACAAGCUAUUCUAAACAUUUAAUUACCUACAGGAUUUGUUAGUUUGUUUCAAAACGGUGUUAGUCAAGUGGAAAAGUCGCCCUCUGUGUUCUUCAGUGGCUGUUUUUUCGUAGAAGGAUCGCUUUUAGCUGUUGGGCUAGCAGGCUAACAGGGUCCACAAUGGAGGGCAGCGCCAGCGUGAGGAAAUCGUUGUCCGGGACUCUCGUCCCUUCUGCGGUCACAACAGUAGCUCUCCGACAACAACCCGAGGAGGAGAAGGGGAAGCUAAACAGAAAAGUCCUCGAUGAAGAGGAGUACGUUGAGAGCUUAGAGAAGAUCAUCCAGAGGGAUUUUUUCCCAGAUGUGACAAAAUUGCAAGCACAGAAAGACUACCUAGAAGCAGAGGAAAGUGGAGACCUUGAGAGAAUGAGAGAGAUAUCCAUCCGAUAUGGUUCAUCAUUGACUAAAUCUACACCACAGUCUUCAGCACCUUAUGUGACUCCAGCGAGCUUUGAGACACCAGUGGGUCGCUCAGGAUCCCCCUCCUCCACCCACUGCAGUAAAGGGGUAGAUGGAGAGAGAAAGGAAGAUGACAAGGAAGAGAAGAAGCUGCCCAGUCUGGAUCAUUUCCUUGCUAAAAAUACCAGUGAGGAUAAUGCAUCCUUCGAGCAGAUAAUGGAUCUGGCAAAAGAUAAGGAGAAGCUGAAGCACGCCUGGUUAUAUGAGGCCGAGACUGAGUACAAACAGCGCCACGAGCAGAACCUUGCCUUACCAUCAGUGGAGAAAGCAGCUCUUGAAUGUGUCAAAGCUGGACUGGAGACAUGGGAGUACAAAGCGAAGAACGCCUUGAUGUAUUAUCCAGAAGGAGUUAAAGAUGACGAUGCUCUCUUUAAGAAGCCAAGAGAGGUAGUUUACAAGAACACCCGAUUUACUGGAGACCCGUUCAGCAAAGCUCUCAACAAAAGCCAGAUUCAACAGGCUGCAGCUCUCAAUGCUCAAUUCAAACAGGGUAAAGUAGGUCCUGAUGGGAAAGAGCUCAUCCCACAUGAAUCCCCAACAGUGAAUGGAUAUGGUUUUGAAAGAACUCCUUCCCCUGCACCUGGUGUAGCUGAGUCACCGCUGAUGACGUGGGGUGAGAUCGAGAGCACCCCGUUUCGUCUAGAGGGAUCAGACACUCCGUAUGUUGAGAGGAACCACGGGCCGUCGUUUAAGAUCCCAGAACCAGGAAGACGAGAGAGGUUGGGUUUGAAGAUGGCCAACGAAGCUGCUGCAAAAAAUCGUGCCAAGAAACAAGAGGCGUUGCGAAAGGUCACAGAGAACCUCGCGAGUCUGACGCCUAAAGGUCUGAGCCCGGCCCUCACGCCUGCCCUCCAGAGGCUCGUAAAUCGGACAUCCAGCAAAUACACCGACAAAGCACUGCGAGCGAGUUACACCCCAUCGCCCUCACACAGAGUCGCCGGGUGCAAGUCCCCCUUCGGUGGCCCAUCGACCCCUUCAGGAACGCCAACGCCAAACAAAUCCAAAACGCCGAGCUCUCAGGACCUCACAUCACUCACAGACAAUCUGCUGCAGCUUCCCAAGAGACGGAAAGCCUCAGACUUCUUCUAAACAAGAGAAUCUAUUCUCUAUUGGGAUUUCACAAAAAAAGACUCAUCCUAAUGUGGAGAACUUUAAUACAACUGCCCAGACUCAGUAUUUUCAUGUUUAAGAGCACAUUUUUUUUGCUGGAGGACUGGAUAAAGAAAUGCACAGCGGACUGAAGAAUUUAGAUCUAUUUGUUACAUUUUGGUGCAGUUGAACUCAUGUAGACCUCUGUAAAAUACAACUUAUGUCCCAAAUUGUAUUUAAUUAUGUUUUUUUUUUUAUUUUGCUCUAUCUAAAAUAGUUUUUUAAAGAUUUUUGUAUGCUUUUUGUUACUCUACGAAGCUUUUGUUGUCGUUGGCACAUGCUUAGAUUCUUUUGAUAUCAUUAUAAUCCUGUGUUUGUUCCUGAGAUUCACAAGUAUAUAUGAGAUUUCUACACCUCAUACAUGUCACCACGACAUUUCAGUGUUUGUCCCUACAGCGUACAAAUUACUCAAAAUGAAAUGUUGCGUUAUAGCAGGUUUUGCUAACCUCACACAUUCAUGUUGGUGUUAAAUGGAGAAGACCGCUUCAUUUAGCUCACAGAUCAUCAGUAUAAAUGAUCGAUGUCUUCUUUGUCCUGUAGUUUCUAUAUUUAAAGCUGAAAACAAAUUAGAAUCAGAGCUGGGCUUGGCAUCACAAAGCUGUAAUAAUCUUUUCUAAAAAAUCUAUAAUUUCAUUUGACUAAAAUAAUAUAGUGCCAUGCAUCACCAGAUGACAUCCUCAUACACAGUUCUGUUCUAUCUCCUUCUGGUGGUAGAAAAGAACUGUGAAUAACAGCAUUACACUGUGUGUUUUUCAAGCAAUUCCAAAUAUUUACAUCUUCUUAUAAUGAACUACAGCCACAAAUACUCAGCAACAUACCCUCAGGGUGUUUUUUUGAACAUUUGAGGUUGCAGAGUUCAGAUUUUUGAGGUGGUUCUGUUAUGUUAGUAAGUCAACACGUGCUACAGAUUUACAGCUUCACCCUCUUCAGAGGAGUCAUGGUUCAUAGAUCAGUGUUUACAGACCACAGUUGUCUCACAGGAGUAAAUCUAACCCUGUUUUGACCCAAUUGUUUGCAUUACACACUUAAAGUGAACUUUUCAUUAGAUUUUUAGCACCGGUAAUUUUGUAAAACUUUCAAAAAAGUUAUCUUUCAGGUGAAUGAAGAUGCUGCCACAAAAAGCAGCUAAAGGAGGUGUAAACCUAUAGUUGCAUGCCAUUAUGUACAUUUUAAAAAUGUGGGAUAUUUGUUUAAACCAACUCUGAAGGGAUUCCUAACCAGUGGGAAACAAUAUCCACAGUUGUGCAAAAAUGUAUUUAUAACUUCAGCUGAUGCUACUUUUAAUUAAGUGAGUACCAUCCAUUACUAGAGAAUGUUUGGUUCAUGGUUUUGUUUUCUUCACUGAGUGUUUUUGAGAGACACUUUUAAAAAACGCAGGCUGGUAAGGUCUCAUAAUAGCUUCAGUUAAACUUUGCAUGCAUUUUUUAUUGCACACAACACAGAUCACCUUAUAUUAAACUAAGAAAGGAUCACAUUCACCGCCUGUAUUGACAGGAACAGUAAUUACAGUGACUGGUAAUUUGUUCAGUGCACAAGGGGCAUAUUAUGUUCAAGCCCAGCUUGGAAAAAAAGUGAUCUUUUAACCAUUGAUAUCUCAGCAAGCAUGAAAUGUUAUUCCCCUAAGAUGUUUACUUGUAACCCAAACAGAAGGAAAACAUCUGACAUGAUAGUGAACCCCCAAGGUAACUUCAAAUGCCAUACUGGGUCAGUCUUUUUUUUUUAGUUUAUGAAGAUUUAUUGCUUUUGAACCUUUGUUUCAUUUAAAGUGUGGAAGCAAAGCUGUGCCCAGUGGUUGUGUGAUUUGUGGUGAUAGAUGAUGGUGUGCACACUGUACUGUGCUCCAGGCCUGAAAGCUGCUGUUAAGAUAUUAGAUAUGUGGUCCAUUAUGAUAACAAGAGGAAGCCAUAAAACAGUGGAGGACAGGGACUCACGUUGGAGUUUGACCCAGGGGCUGUUUGAGGAGGUCAAAUAGGCCCAAACAUAACAGAAUAGAAGGAAAAUACUACAAUAAAGAGAAUUAUUUAAGAGUGUAAAAGGCAAAAAAUGGCGUGUUUUUGCAUUUUUUAGUACUGUUUGGGAUCCUUAAUGAAAAAAAAUAAACUUAAUUUUAAGA